GACUCUUAAUACGUCGUUGAAACGGUCGUUACUAUCGGUGUAGUAAACGCGUAAAGGUUGACUGUUGACGGUUUAUUAUAUCUGAAAAACCUUAUUUUAAUUGGUAAUCCAAUUCGAUUUAAUUUUACACCAAUUUUCGAAUUUGUUUUUUUAAUUAAAAAUUAAAAAAUUUAUUAUUUUAAAAUUGGGUGUUGCGUUUGUCCGUAGAGUGAUUUAUAGUCGAUGGUGUUUUAUUGUGGAAUUGUGUUGCCGUCGAUGCGUUCGGAAAAUUUAUAUUAUUGUUCAUAGACAGGCUCUACGCUCUUUUAACGCAUAUAACUAUAAUAAUAAAAUCUUUUACGAUUAUGUGUGCUGAGAUCGAGUGAAGACUUACAAACUGAAAUAUAUUUUGUGCAAGUCGUGAUCUCGAAAGAAUAAUAAUAAAAAAAAAAUCUUUCGAAUUUAGUUCAUCGAACAAGUUUACAAUUCAUCGUGUUCGGCGUCCCCCAUAAAUCGAAAUUGAAAAAUUGUUAUGAAGUGAUAAUCAUUUCGGAAAAUAAAUAACACCAACAACAACAACAGCCACAACGAAAAUGUGAUAAUUUAAAUGUAAAGUUGAUUUUAGUACAGUGAUGAAGUGGCAUCAGUGGCAUACGCUCCGAAUGCUCCAUAUUUUAUUACAUAUCAUCAGUCGGUUAUCUUGAUGUGUACAAGUUCAAGCCAUACUCAAAUUGAGCUCAAUUUGAAUAAUUGAUUUUAAUAAAGUGUGAAAUUUGAGUAUUGAGAUGGAUUCAUAGUGUUGGCUUAGCCAUAAAAUGAUAAAUUGCUGAAAAAAGCGGAUUGGCGCUAAAGAUUAAUUAUUUUUUUUAAACCGAAACCACAUUGGGAAUAUUCAUUUAUUGAAAAAGUUACACCAACAAUGCGGUCAAUGAAAACGAGAAUGUGUGGAAAUUAACGUGUACAAAGAUGCUUCAAAGUCCAGAAACAACAUUCACGUCUGAUUCGACACGGCGACGCUCAACGUUCUACGUUCCGUUAGUCACCGAUCUGGAUUGCCCGUCAAACGAAGCACUAUCUACCAAUUUGGAUGAAAUCAAAAAAUCCAUCGAUCAGCUGUACAGUCCGGACCUUAGCGCCUGUAGCUUCGAGUGGAGCCUAGACGACUCACUACCCAACACUGACAUGUCCAUCACAUCUCGCCUACCCAACGAAAAGACCAAACGAUACGGAAUCGUAUUGAAUGGCAUUGAUUUGGAUGAUGAUGACGAUACUGAUUGCCAUAAGCUGCCCAGCAACACAUCGACGCCCGUCAAGGUAACACGAUCGCACAGCCGAUCGAAUCUUCUAUCUAGUCUACCCGAUGCGACAACACCGACAAAAGAGAAAUCGAAAACAUUGCCGCAGAAUCUGUCGCCGGCGAAUACAUUUCCGCCGAAACAUUCAUUUCUGCUGAAAUCAACACCAAAAAUAUCGUUAAACUAUUCAUCGUCAUCGGAGGUGACGAGUGCCGUCACACCGUCGCCCAAGAAAAGUCUCAGCUUCAUACGGCGUGCCCAUUCCACGAAAUUGUCGCGAAACAAUUCGUUGCUGAAAAGUCUAACGUCGAAAUGUGUGGACCCGAGUGUGGAAAGUUUGUGCCGGGUCAUGGUGAACGAAUUACAGUUGGAUCGGUUGGAGAAGUAUUUCAAAGCCGACAACUGUUCGGAAUUAGUCAGAGAUAUGUUCUUCAAAGAAAAAUCGUGCGGACAGUUGGAGGAUAGUGACGUUCAUUCAGAUACAUCUUACGAAAAAGCAUGUCGACGAGGUUCCGCUCCAGCUACUCCAAUACUUGGACAAAAACAAAACGAGUCUCAUUCAACAUCGCGAUUCACCAAUUUCUUUUCAAAGAGAUCAAAUCCACUCAAACGAACCAAAUCAGUGACAAAAUUGGAGCGAUCGAAACGUGGUCCAGGUGGCUUACGCGGUUCACGAUCACAUGAGAGUUUGCUGUCCAGUCACGCUGUGAUGUCGACAAUCGAUCUAUCAUGUACUGGUGCUGUUGGUGUUGCACCCGUUCACCAGUCCGUUCUCGGUCGACGGCAUUGCUUUCAAGUGCGUGGAGGACCUCGCGGCGAACGAUACUAUAGUUGCAGUUCGCGCCAGGAACGUGAUCUGUGGAUUUAUAGUCUUCGAAAAUCGAUCGCACCGAAUGCUGACCAUACUAGGCGCACCGACAACUCUCUGAAAAUGUGGAUCUAUGAAGCCAAAGCAUUACCGCCAAAGAAACGCUACUUCUGCGAAAUAAAUUUAGACAAAACACUGUACGGUCGAACGAGUGUUAAAUUGCGAUCGGACUUGCUGUUCUGGGGCGAGUAUUUCGAUUUUCCCGACAUACCCGACAUCAAUGUCAUUACGGUGAAUGUAUUCCGUGAAUUGGACAAAAAGAAGAAACGCGACAAGCAUGUGCUGGUCGGAUCGGUUAAGAUUCCCAUACACGAAGUGACGUCGAGAGUUUUUUCGGAGGACUGGUAUCAAAUCAUAUCGGAGAAACAUGACAGCAUCAGCAGAAAUUCGUCCAAAGAACAAAUACCGACACUGCGCAUUAAAUGUCGCUUCCAGAGUACGGAUAUUUUGCCGAUCGAAAUUUACUCCGAUUUUCUGCAGUACCUAAAAGAGAAUUACAAAAAGGUGUGCGAGCUUCUGGAGCCGGUGAUUGGCGUAAAGGCCAAAGAGGACAUUGGCCAGGCUCUAGUAUUGUUAAUGCAUGCUCAAGGGAUGGCCGGCCCAUUUUUGACCGAUGUUGUAGCACUAGAUCUGUUACGAGUCGGAGAUCAACGGUUGACUUUCCGUGGAAAUUCGUUGGCUACCAAGAGCAUGGAAGCUUUCCUCAAAUUGACCGGCGAACAGUAUCUACAAGACACAUUGUCGCUACCGAUUUCAGAGAUAAUAUCAUCGGACAGAGACUGUGAAGUAGAUCCAUUGAAAGCUACCGGUUCACUGUCAAGGCAACAGCAAUCGUUACGCAAUGCAGUCCGCAGUGCAUGGACGAAUAUAGCAGAGUCUCACAAACAUUUCCCGCCACAACUUCGUGAAUGUUUUGCAACGUUUCGCGAACGUUUGCAGGAGUUGAAUCGUGAGGACAUGGCCGACAAUUUGAUCAGCGCUUCAAUUUUCUUACGGUUCUUGUGCCCGGCAAUACUUUCGCCGAGUCUAUUUAACAUCACAAGUGAACUACCCAGUGCAAGAGCUACACGCAAUCUAACUUUGGUCGCCAAGACAUUGCAAACAUUGGCCAAUUUCACACGCUUUCAAGGCAAAGAGAACUUCAUGGAAUUCCUGAACGAUUUCCUCGAGCAACAGGCACCGAAAAUGAAGGAAUUCCUUCAUCAGAUUUCUACACGCUCCGAACAACCCAUGCCAGACACCAUUUUGGAUUGGUCUGGAUACAUCGAUCAAGGAAAGCAAUUAUCAAUUCUGUAUACGCUACUGGCUGACAGCAUCCAAAAACUGCCACCCAACAAGCAACAGGAACUUGGAUCGUUGCAUAGUAUUUUAGACGAAAUAACGAAAGCAAAAGAGUUGAACAACUUCAACGUACAAGGUGCACCGGGCACGCCGAAUCCAAAUCAAGAGAAUCAGCCACAAAACAGUGGCAUUAAAUUGGCCGAACGAGGCAUCAUUCGCGGUGUAUUGACUCCAAGUUCUCUGGAGAAAAACAUUUUCCGUUACAAUGAUCCGACCGUUUCGCCGUUGCUCAAUCAGCACAAUUCAAACAUAAACCAAAGUCAAACGAGCAUCAACGGAUCCGUUUAUUCCAACCAUCAUCUGCAACACUCGCACUCAACGUCUAGCAUUUCAUCCAAUUCAAACUCAAACUACCAGUCGCAUCUGAUUCCGACGACCAUCCAUCAUCAUCAUCACCAUCAGUCGACGGAACGUGGAGGCGGGCAACACAAGAGCAAUGUUUACUUGGACGCAACACGGAAUUAUAACACGACCUCGCACUAUGGAAACGGCAGCAGUGGACGGAAGAGUCCGUCGAUCAGAGCAAGUACGUUACCACGUAACAACAAUCUUGGCAGUCCAAUAUCAAAUAUUGAGGUACAGGGUGGUGAUGGUGAGAAAAACGCCAGUUUCAUUCAAAUUGGACUAGAGCCAUCGAACGCCUUCGUCCGAAAGAGUCCAACACCGCUGCUGAAGUCCGUGCACAGUGGAAGUCGUAGCAGGAAUUUAAACGGAAGUCAACUGAGCCUCAGUAGCGAUUUGCGAACGACCAACAAAAAUUCGUUGAAUCUGAAUCUCAAUCUUGGCAUUCCGCAUUCGGAUUCGUCGAAUCAACAGAAGCAUUCGAAUUCGAAUAUGCCAAUGAACCUGGAGGAUUUGGACGAUCUGUUGAAAUACGCCGAAGAGCAUGCAGACGACAAUCAAAACAAACCGAAAGAUAUUCUAACCACCAAAGGCAGCAACGUGUCAAUCGGACAUUGUAGCUCUGGUUAUCAGAGCAUUGCGACCCAAUCGCAGAGCUCUAGCCCAGUUGAACUGGGUGUACCACAACCCACCAACGAAUAUUCGAAUAAAAAUGCUCGAAGAAUGCCGCAAACAAACGGCAAUAAAUUCCCGUCGAACAAGUUCACCAAUGGAACCAACAGCAACAACAACAAUUUGGUGGCCACUCACUCACCGCUAGCAUUCAAGAAUCCACUGUAUCAAAUGCAAAACACAGCGACCGCUCAUCAUCUGUUGCAUCAUUCAAAUUCACAGAAAUCAUCGUCCCUAACGCCGUCCAGCAGCGAGGAACGUUUGAGCAAUGACAACUAUUCACAUUCUGGAAGUGGUGUCAUUGGCAACGGGUGCUACUUAUCACCGAACGGAAAUGGUGGAAGCAAUGACCGUGAUGUGUCGAUGGGAUCGCUGAACGGUUCGAGGCGUCUGACAGGAAAUGGUCGAUUGCCUCGCACGAAUCCGUUGAUGCAAUACAAACGGGACGAUCAGGUCGAAAACCAUGCAUUCAUCAAUCCGACACGUGACCAUCACCACCAAAGAUAUCAACGUCGUCUCAGUCUGGAAUCGGCUCGUACUUUGUCGGAUAGCUCUACGGAUACUGAAGGCCUUAUCCACACCGACGGAAAGCGACGUCGAACACCCCGGUCGGUCGAACAAUGCGAACGAGAAAUCCAGCGACUUCAAACAUCACUUGACAGCCUACGCAAUCACAUCGGCGAUUCCGAUCAAAAUUCCAACGAUGAUUUGUUGGCCAUGCCACCGCACAGUGACACAAAAAUGCGCAGCAUCAUUUCAAGAAAAAUUCGUUUACCCAUCAACAGACUGAUAACAAUGGAGGAGGAACUACGACGGGAACAGUUGAAGAUGUCGUUGGCACUAUCGCACAAACAACGUGUCAUUGAAGCUCAAGGACAACAGAUAGCUGCAUUGGAUGCGGCUAAUAAUCGUUUGUUGAGCGCAUUGUCCAGCUUAAGGCAACGAUACGAGACACAGAAUCCUGCUCAGCCACAGUCGGCGUCUGGAAGUAAUGGAAAUCCGGCAUCGCAUUGCUGAAUGGUAGCAGAGAAUGAAAAAUAAUGGAAAAUUCAAUUUCCAUUGAAUCGAUGAAUGUACAAACUAUCCUCCCCUUUCCCCUUUCCAAUUGAAUAAUCCCAGUUAUCCUAAUGGUAGCGUUCGCUUCCCGAUGAUCUGGGGAAUAAACAGUCUCGUGUGCUGUGAGCGCGCGUUGACCAUUUUGAUAAUAAUACUUUUGCUCUUCCACUGAAAUUCAACUCUUUUCUUAAUUUAAUUUAAUUUUUGUUGGUAAUUUUUGACUUAGAAUUUUUUUAAUAUUAAAUUACACAAACAUCACACAUACCAUCGCACCAUAAUGAUGGUGGCCGUGUUACAGGAAAUGGAAUCACUUUUUUUCGAUUCUGUCUUUUUCGAACGAUUGUAAUGCAUUUCGUAUGAGUGUGUGGUGCCAACCCAAUAUUUAUGUUGACGUUGACACAACCUUAAUGUUAUUAUACAUGUACGUAUGUUGAACGGACUGUACAUGAAAACGAAAAAUUGAAUUUUUAAAUUAAAACGAAAAAUUAAAAAAAAAAUUGAAAAAAUUUCGAUUUGCGGCAGAUGAACAAAUUUAAUUUAUUUAGACAUGGGGUGGACUAAGAUGAACCUAAUUCUGUAAAUAAUUUAAUUCUCGUUCGAUUUCUUGAUAAUUAUAUUCCGUUACAUUUAACUCCUUCCAUCUUCCAUCUGUCACACUAAACGGGAAAUUUGAAACAAAAGUUAUCCGAUUGACGAGAGCAUAUGGAUCGACCUUAAAAGAGCAUUCCCUAUGUGAGCAAUUUUUCAUUGUGCGCUGUGACUCAUUGUCCUCGAAAAAUUCGAAUUUUAUUCGAAGUCAACCGAUCGAUUCUCGAAACAUCAGACUCACACUCAGACUUUAAUUUGUAUAUCUAAAAGGACUGUCCAAUGUUUCAGUUGUGUGGAACUCAUUUUUAGUGUUUGCGCAACUGACAAAUGAAAUUUCACAACUUUUUUCGAUUUUCGAAUCCUUUUUUCAUGGUUGGUCUAAUCUAAUUGUGGGAACAAGUCAACCGUGGUCGAAAAUCGGUUUGACCUGAAUAAGAUCAGGUAAAUUUAGAGAGAAAAUCUUACCUGACAUGAGCCUGAGGUCCGAACUGGCCAUAAUGGGCGAACGGACGCAUUGGCCGUUUGCUUUUUUACAGGCAGCUUGGGCAGAUAAAAAUAUUCUAUUUAAAGAUUGACCGAUCAGCCGUCAUGUAGCUCCUACCAUUAUGAGUCUGGUCUUCUUCAAACCUGUCACGUCACGUUCUUUGUACCGAGCAAUUUUCCUACAAAACUUUCAGGUAACCUAGUCGGGAUUUCUGGUUCACUUAAUUUCAGGUCAAGUCCUGACCUGACCCGACCGGUUCUAAAUUACAGAUUCAGUCUAAUCAGAAAUCUUUAGAUGACCGAGUUACAUGUUAAAGUAUGUAAAUAACGAUCAUAAAAUAUUUUGACGAAAUUCCGCUCGGAAAAGCUAACAUGGCAAUAUAAUAAUCAUGUAUCACCUCCGACAAUUGUGCAAGUUUAUAUCAAAUUUUUUGGUUCAAAAUUUCCCAUAUUCUCCGACCAAAAAGUGAUGAACCCAAUCUGUUCGUCACCAAGUAAGCGAAAGUAAGCGUGAACGCAAUUGGGCUCAUCGAGAUCUAAUAAUAAGAAUAAAACUUAGAAACUUAGCAAAAUGUGUAAAACAAUCAGUAUUUUCGAUGGAAAACUUCUCCUUUUUAUAGAUAAACAAAAAAAAAAUAAUCCAAAAAGUUGGUAGUGAAUCCAAAUGUGUGUUUCCUUCUCUAUACCACAAAUUCAAUGUACAACAAGAGAUGUAAGUGUAUAAAAAUCAACAAUUAAAUUUAAAAUGCAAAAUUUAUUAGACUGUAAGCGUAGGUAUUACUAAAACUGUAUAAAACAAAUGAUCUGCAAUCCAACACAGAGAAUAUUAUUAUGAAGAAAAAA